AUGAGUUGUGGGUACAAAACCCACAGCUGCAACCACAACAACCACAGCUGCACAAACAACAACAUCAUCUGCAAGAACAUCAACAACAGCACAGGCAACAACACCCGACACCAUGCCAAAAACAAACAACAACAGUCAUGUUCCUGUAACAACCACAUCUACAACGACAACCACAGCCGCAGCUCUGACAACCACAGCCAGCCCCACAACAACCACAGCUUCCCCCAAAUCAACUACAGAUGCUGUAACGACAACAACAGUUGUCCCCACAUCAUCCACAGCUGUUCAUACAACUACCAUAGCUACCCCCAAAACAACCACAGCUUUUUACACAACAACCUCAGCUUCACCAAUGAUAACUACAGCUGUACCAACAAUAACUACAGCCUCUGCUACAACAACAACACCUGUUGCUCCAACAACUACUGUUGCCCCAACCACUGCUCCAACAACAACCACAGCCUCCCCCACAACAACUACCCCUGCUGCUACGACAACAACGGCUGCUGCAACAACAAACACAGCCAUGCCAACAACAACCACAGCUGCUCUCGAAACAACAGCAGAUGUUCCAACAACAACCACAGCCACACCAAUGACAUCUACAGCUGUGGCUCCGAAAAAUGCACCCACAACAACCACAUAUUUUCUAACAACAACUGCAGCUGCUCCAACAACCACAACAGCUUCCUCUUCAACAACUACAGCUGCUCCAACAACCACAACAGCUUCCUCUUCAACAACCACAGCUGCUCCAACAACAACCACAGCUUUCCCCACAAAAACCACAGUUGCUGCUACUACAACAACAGCUGCUCCCACAACAACCACAGAUGCACCCACAACAACCACAGAUGCACCCACAACAACCACAUAUUUUCUCACAACAACUACAGCUGCUCCAACAACCACAACAGCUUCCUCUUCAACAACCACAUCUGCUCCAACAACAACCACAGCUUUCCCCACAACAACCACAGUUGCUGCUACUACAACAACAGCUGCGGAUACAACAACCAGAGAUGCACCCACAACAAUCCAAAAAAUGUUGACAACUACAGCAGCUCCCAGAACCACAACAGCUUCCCCUACAACAACCACAGCUGUACUCACAACAACCACAGCUGCUACUACAACAACAGCUGCAGCUACAACAACCAAAGCCAUCCCCACAACCACAGAUGUUCCUGUAACAACCACAUCUACAACGACAACCACAGCCGCAGCUCCAACAACCACAGCCAGCCCCACAACAACCACAGCUUCCCCCAAAUCAACCACAGAUGCUGUAACGACAACAGCAGUUGUCCCCACAUCAUCCACAGCUGUUCAUACAACUACUACAACAACCACAGCUGCCGCCACAACAACCACAGCUUUUUACACAACAACCUCAGCUUCACCAAUGAUAACUACAGCUGUACCAACAAUAACCACAGCCUCUGCUACAACAACAACACCUGUUGCUCCAACAACUACUGUUGCCCCAACCAGUGUUUCCACUGACCCUCCUACAGCAAAUGAAGGUGUACUUAUUCUGCAUUUCCGGCUGAAUAGUACAUUUUUGGAAGCCUACAAUAAUCAACAGUCCAAUGAGUACCUUAAUUUGGCAUCAAAUCUCACAACUGAGUUGAAUCGAGGAUACAAAAGUAUAUAUCCUGUAAUCUUCCUCAGAUGCAUCAUCAUCAGUUUCUGGUCUGGUUCUGUGGGUGUGACAACCAACUUGAUCUUCACAAGCCAGUCUGUGGUCCCUAACGUUACAAAUGUAGAGGACUCCCUCAAGACGUCCAUCAACACGCUCACAGUCUUCUUAGAUGUUAUCACUGGCAGUAUCAAAGCUGAACUCCAGAAUAACAUGACUGCUACUACGACUACCAACACAACGACAGCUGCUCCAACAACAACCACAGCCUCCCCCACAACAACUACCCCUGCUGCUACGACAACAACGGCUGCUGCUACAACAAAUACAGCCAUGCCAACAACAACCACAGAUGCUCCCGAAACAACAACAGAUGUUCCCACAACAACCACAGCUUCUCCCACAA